UCUUCCUCGAACUUUUCUUCAGCCAGACGAACUCGGAGCGAAUUUCUGGUAUGGCUAGGUUCGUCGCAGGAGUUUAUUUCAUCUCCCUUCUGUCGAUUUUCCUCGUCGAAUGUGGUAAACUCGAUGAUGAUAUGCUCAAAUUGCCAUCUGACGGUGAAGAUGACUCCUCGGGGACGAAAUGGGCGGUUCUGAUUGCUGGAUCUUCUGGUUAUGGAAAUUACAGACAUCAGGCUGAUGUGUGCCAUGCAUAUCAAGUCAUGAAAAGGGGUGGAUUAAAAGAUGAAAACAUCAUUGUCUUCAUGUAUGAUGAUAUUGCUUACAAUGAGGAGAAUCCUAGGCCAGGUACCAUUAUCAACCACCCACAUGGCGGGGAUGUUUAUGCAGGAGUCCCCAAGGAUUAUGUUGGGGAGGAUGUUACUGUUGGCAACUUUUUUGCUGUUCUUCUUGGAAACAAGACUUCUCUUACUGGGGGUAGUGGGAAGGUUGUGGAUAGUGGUCCCAAUGACCAUAUUUUUAUAUUCUAUUCUGAUCAUGGUGGUCCAGGGGUUCUUGGUAUGCCCACAUUUCCUUACCUUUAUGCAAAUGAUCUGGUAGACGUGUUGAAGAAAAAGCAUGCAUCUGGGUCUUAUAAAAGCCUGGUAUUUUAUCUUGAAGCUUGUGAAUCUGGGAGCAUAUUUGAGGGACUUCUUCCUGAAGGUUUAAAUAUCUAUGCGACCACUGCGUCGAAUGCCAUAGAGAGCAGUUGGGGAACUUAUUGUCCUGGAGAGAUUCCCAGUCCUCCUCCAGAGUAUGAAACCUGUCUGGGGGACUUGUACAGUGUUGCUUGGAUGGAAGACAGUGACGUGCAUAUUUUGCGGACUGUAACUCUGAAGCAGCAGUAUAAUCGGGUUAAAACCAGGACAGCAAACCAUAACACAUACAAUUUUGGCUCCCAUGUUAUGCAAUAUGGUGAUGUUGGGCUUAGCAAGGAGUAUGUCUUCUUGUAUAUUGGAACAAAUCCUGCUAAUGAUAACUUCAGUUACAUUGAUGAGAACACAUUGCCAGCAUUUUCGAGGUCUGUUAACCAAAGAGAUGCAGAUCUUCUUUAUUUCUGGAAUAAGUUCCGUAAAUCCCCUGAAGGCUCUCCUAGGAAACUCAAUGCUCAAAAGGAGUUGCUUGACGCAAUGGCUCAUCGUCUGCACAUAGACAACAGUAUCGAGCUCGUUGGGAAGCUUCUUUUUGGAUCCAAGAGGGGCCCAGAGGUGCUGAAUGCUGUCCGGCCCACUGGGCAACCUUUAGUAGAUGAUUGGGAUUGCCUCAAGACAAUGGUACGGACUUUUGAGACGCACUGUGGAUCUCUAUCACAAUAUGGCAUUAAACACAUGCGCUCGAUUGCGAACAUAUGCAAUGCAGGCGUUGGAAAGGAGAUGAUGGCAGAGGUGUCUUCGCAGGCAUGCGUCACAAUCCCUGCAGGCCCGUACAGUUCACUUCACCGUGGAUUCAGUGCUUGACAUCCACCGUGGUCCGAAACCUUGAUUUGCUUAUUUAUGCACAUGUAGCUGUAAGAUCAGCUGCUUAUGUAAAUAACAGAACGUAAAAACGUGUGAUUAAUGUAUUGCUAAUGUGGAUUCCACCUUCAGGAGGAAGAUCUUAUACAGGGCUCAAUCCAAGACA